CCAGCACUCCCUCCCUUCCCUUUCUAUCCUGCUUCACAUGCUUCUCUCUCUACCAUUUUUUGCCCACACUCCUCUCCCCUCUGUCAUUUUGGUUUUACUAACAAGUUGUAUUAGGCAGAGAGGUAAAGCCCCUCUGACAGCGCAGCAUCUUGUUUGUUUUAUCUCCCACAUCAUCCCACUCAUCAUCUUUCUGUACACCUCCAUCUCUCUCCCCUGCCGCAGUACUCAACAUUUCAUCUUCUCUCUCCUUCACCCUACAUCCCCCAUCUUCUUCCUUUACCUUCAUCACAGAUAUCAUAUUCUCUUCAUCUUUCUCUCUCCCCCAUCCUCCCUAUUAUUUAUUGAAGGCUGCUUAUUGAUGUGGUAACACACCUGGCGACGUGCACGAGUGCGCGUGUGCGGGAGCAGUAGCUGUACUGUAAGCAUGCAGCAGCAGCAGCACGGGGGAGGCGGCGGAGCAAGCGGUGGAGGCCCAGCGCAGCAGUUCUGCGCACAGCAGGUGGAGAUGCCGCUGCCAUUCUCGCCGGUCGGCGGCGCUGGGCAGCGGAUCUCGCUGGCGGAGGCACCGUCGCCCAUCAGCAGCCGGCCGCCGGCGCCGGCGCCGGCUCAGCAGUAUGACGAGCUCGGCCCGUCCGGCGCCGGCGCAGUGGGCUUUGACGCCGAGGGCCUGGCCGCCGCCGCAGCUGGUGAGGAUGGCGCCAGCGGCGGCUCGGCGGGCAACCGGUGGCCGCGGCAGGAGACGCUGGAGCUGCUCAAGAUCCGGUCGGACAUGGACACCGCCUUCCGGGACGCCACCCUCAAGGCCCCCCUCUGGGAGCAGGUCUCCAGGAAGCUGGCUGAGAAAGGGUACAACCGGAGCGCCAAGAAGUGCAAGGAGAAGUUCGAGAACGUGCACAAGUACUACAAGCGCACAAAGGAGAGCCGCGCCGGCCGGAACGACGGCAAGACGUACCGAUUCUUCACGCAGCUGGAGGCCCUGCACGGCACCGGAGCGGCUCCCGCGUCGGUGGCGUCGCAGGUGGGCCCGGCAAUCUCCGGCGGGGUGUCCGGGGCAGCCCGGCCGUCGUCGGCCGUGCGCGUGCCUGCCGAGCCGCUGCCUGCGGUGUCGGCCGGCGUGGGAAUGCCGAUGACGACGACGGUGGGCUACCCGAGCAUCUCGACGUCCAACACGGAGGACGACUACACGGACGAGGACGACUCCGACGACGAGGGCACGGAGGAGCUGGUGGGCGGCGGCGCGGACGAUCAGCGCAGGAAGAGGAAGAGGGUGUCGGACGGCAGCGGGAAGAUGAUGAGGUUCUUCGAGGGCCUGAUGAAGCAUGUGAUGGACCGUCAGGAGGCGAUGCAGCAGAGGUUCUUGGAGGCCAUCGAGAAGCGUGAGCAGGACCGCAUGAUCCGCGAGGAGGCGUGGCGGCGGCAGGAGAUGACUCGCCUAGCGCGCGAGCAGGAGAUCCUGGCGCAGGAGCGCUCUAUGGCAGCCUCACGCGACGCUGCCGUCCUCUCCUUCAUACAGAAGAUCACCGGGCAGACCAUCCCGAUGCCAUCCAUUGCCGCGCCCACCAUCAACGCCAUGCCACCGCCGUCGCAUCCGAAGCCGCCGCCGCCCCCUCAGCCGCACCCCACACCCAUUGCCUCCGUGUCGCCAGCCCCGCCGCCACCGCAACCACCAGCUUCGCAGACUCCGCCCCCGCAGCAGCAGAAGUCGCCAAUGCCGGCGACGCCACAAACGCCAGCACCGCAACGGCAAAGCACAGACAUUGUUAUGACACCGGCCGAGACGACGCCGCACGCCGACACCCAGGGGCACGAGGGGUCCGGUGGCGGCGCGACGUCGUCCCGGUGGCCGAAGGCUGAGGUUCACGCGCUGAUACAGCUGCGGAGCACCCUUGACACGCGGUACCAGGAGACCGGGCCCAAAGGGCCCCUCUGGGAGGAGAUCUCCGCCGGCAUGCGGGGCAUGGGUUACAACCGGAACGCGAAGCGGUGCAAGGAGAAGUGGGAGAACAUCAACAAGUACUUCAAGAAGGUGAAGGAGAGCAACAAGAAGCGUCCCGAGGACUCCAAGACGUGCCCCUACUUCCACCAGCUCGACGCACUCUACCGCAACAAGGCGGCGAUCACCUCAUCCUCCGGCGCCGGAGCCAUGGUGCACGCUAACGCAUCGUCGGCACCGCAGGAGAUGGUCACGGUCACGGCCGCGACGCCCAUCUCACAGACGCCGCCGCCUCCAACACAGCCUUCCCAGUCCCAUCACGCGGCGAAGAACGGCGGCAGCAGCAACUCCGCUGGCACAGGCACUGGGAACGGCAGCUACGCAUCAGAGCACGGCUCCAGGGGCAUGCAAACGCAGGCGAGCAACGGCAGCGCUGCAGCCAGCAUGUUCGUCGGCCUCGGCGGCGGCGCGGCCUCGGCAGCGAAGAAGCCAGAGGAAAUCAUGAAGGAGAUGAUAGAGCAGAGGCAGCCGCAGCAGCCGCAGGCGGUGGUAGGCGGCUACAACAGAAUGGACGGCGCGGGCAGCAACAAUAUGGACGACGACGACGACGACGAUGAAGACGACUACGAUGAGAACGAUAACGACGAAGAUGACGCCGGCAACAAAAUGCAGUACGAGAUCCAGUUCCAGCACCACCAUCAGCAUCCGAACGUUGUCAGGUCGAACGCCGGCGCCGGUGGUGGCAACCCGCCCGGCACCACCGCGCCCAGCACGGCUGCGGCCCCGACAACAACAGCCGGAUCUUUCUUGGGCAUGGUCCAGUGAUCGAUCCAUCCACACGCGUAUCCCAAGCAUUAUUCCUCCCGGUGAUGACUACUCUAUCCUCCUCUUGCCGAUGGCUUCUUUUCUUUCUCUCGCUUGUGACAUUUGUAUCUACCUACCUGUCGCCUCCAUGCUCGCGUCCAUAUAUCUGAUCUACUCCACAAAUCCUAAAACCACAACAACUAUCCCCCUCUCCUCUCUAUUCUCCGGCGAUUCUCCAUAUUCUUCAUGCAGGUCGUAGCCACACCUCGAUCCAUGUCGUGUCGUCGUCGCUGUUGCCCACCCUCCUAUUUCUCCAUUCGUUGCUGCGCUAGUUACAGUGGUCGCCCUCUUAGAUGUUACAGUAAAAAAAAUAUUGGUGGUGAUAUGGUUAUUUAUUGAUUCGUUAGGGUAAUUAAUAAGAACCCUCAAAAGCUUGGGGUCUUCACGGAGUGGUUGAAUCGAUGCGGUGAAAACGGCACGUGAAGGGUAAUAAGAGAUCGAUCGAGCGGUUAAAGAGAACAAGGAGACAGAGACAGGUGGCAGAUGAUGCAGUGGGUGUUUUUCACUGUUACUGCGGUAAUUUUUGUGCAUGCGGCUACUACUGUACAGUGGGGUAGUUUGUUACAAGAGAGGAGUAAAAAAAUGGAAACAGAGAACUUGGCCGUCAUGCGGCAAGUGACAUGAAGAAUAGUCAGUUUGAUGCAUGCAGGAAUUUGUUUUCUUUAUCCUUUUACUUUUUUAUUUUCAGUUUUCACUGUUUCUUUUAUGUUCUGCAACGAGUAAACUGUCCAUUACGUUUUUCUUUCUUCCUCAAACUGUUGUUACCGAAAUUUACUGUGUAUACUUGAGAAAUAUUAUAUGUUAAAAUUAUUGCUAUUAUAUAUAGUAUCGUUAUUGAUUU